AUAACAUUCAGACUCUCGCCGCGUCUCAUCGAACUUGUCUUCCACCGUGCUCACUCUCUAUAAUCAUAUUCAGUCCACCUGCAUGAAUGUUUGUGGCAAGGAAACUUGUAGACUGCAAGACCUGAUCUCAUGACUGCGCACGCUCUCUUCCGGACCGCCUGGCAAAUAUACUCUCACAGUGAAGUAGCCAGUCAUUGGCAGCAUUUAUCCUCUGACGCGAUGCUCCCACACCUCCGUGUUGACCAACUCCCUCGCGGCCCGCCCAGCCCAUAUUCUUGACCGAGAUAUAAGAAUGCGGUAUACGACAAGAUCAGAGUGGUUGCCCUCAGGACCUCUGUGGCUACCGAAGACGUCGCCGUGACCAACCGUCAUGAUCGUGCUGCUGUACGCGAGCUUGACCCUCCUCGCAUCCGCCGUCUCUGCAUACGAAAAGGUAUGCAGAGUGACACCGCUGGGUGGUGGGCAAGACGAUGGCCCGACCAUCAACAAUGUCUUCGCCGAAUGCGCGUCCGAGGCUACCAUCGUGUUGGAUGGCUACUAUAGCGUGAACACACUGCUACUGACCGAGGGCCUCAGCCAUGUGGAUAUUCUGCUCAGUGGAACAGUGCAAUACACUGCGGAUAUCGAGUACUGGUCUCCGAAUAGUCUUUACUUGACAUUCCAGAACGCGACGACGUUUUGGUUCCUCUCUGGCGAUGAUAUCCAUCUCUACGGAGGUGGGACAAUCGACGGCAACGGCCAGGUCUGGUACGAUACGUUCAACAUAACCGGAGAAUCUGCGACAGCGGGUGCUUCUACGCGGUCCUUCUCGCGCCCCAUACCGUUGACGGUUGGCAAUGCGUCGAACGUUGUCGUCGAGAACAUCACGCAGUGGCAGUCGCCUAAUUGGAACAAUUUCGUGUACCAAAGUACCAACGUUACGUAUCGCAACAUCAAUAUCAACUCCUUCUCGUAUUCGAGCGCACCUGCCAAGAACACCGACGGUUGGGACAUCUACCGCUCGUCCCAAGUUACUAUCACCGACUCCAUUAUCAACAACGGCGACGACUGCGUCUCUCUGAAACCGAAUGUUACCGAGGUCGUUGUAACCAACCUGUGGUGCAACGGCUCUCACGGAAUCUCCGUGGGCAGCCUUGGGCAGUACGCUGGCGAGACAGACAUCGUCGCCAAUGUCUUCGUCAAGAACGUUACUAUGCGUUAUGCUGAGAAUGGCGCCCGUAUCAAGGCCUUUGGCGGGAGUCCUGACGCAAAUAGUACAGCUGGUGGAGGCACUGGCUAUGUCAAGAAUGUGACAUUCGAGGACUUUUUCGUCUAUGUCGUGGACGACCCAAUCGUCAUUGAUCAGUGCUACUUCACGGACGCUUCUGUCUGCGAGGAGUACCCCAGCCAGCUCUCCAUCUCUGACAUUCACUUCAUCAACGUGACAGGAACCUCGUCUGGGGCGGAAGGUACCGUCGUCGUCGACCUGGAGUGCUCUCAGGAAUGCGAGGACAUCACAGCGAGCGGAAUUGAUGUCACAUCGCCGGACGGCCCUGCUACGUAUGUCUGCAAGAACAUUGCGAGCACAGACGAGCUGGGCUUCAACUGUAGUGCUCCUUCGAGCUGAUGCAGUUGUGUUGGAAGUUGUGUUUGCCAAGGCAUACUUUGCCGGCAAGAUUUCUUGGUGUCUUGACCCAUGUAAUGCUGCUAUUGAGAGUUCGAACGGACGACAGUACGAAACCAGAUUAGUGAGAGCUGGUUUCUAUACGCAA